AUGAAGGAUUUGAUAGGAAGAAUAGUUAGAAAGAAGGAACAAUCUUCAUCAUCAUCAUCAUCAUCAUCAUCAUCGGCAACGUCGACGCCGCCUCGAUACUCGAGACUAUCAUGCUAUGAUAAAAUGAAUAACAAUAAUCAUCAAAGACAUGAAACUCAAAAAACUAGAGGAUAUGUACCUAUUAUGGUAGGUAAGUGUGAGGAAGAAGAAGAGAGAUUUAUGGUCCCACUUGGGUGGAUGAGUCAUCCAUGUAUUGUUGAUUUGCUUCAAUUAUCAGUCAAUGAGUUUGGUUAUCGUCAACAAGGUGUUCUUCAAAUUCCUUGUGAACCACAUCACUUCAGACAUUGCCAGCAUGCUGAUCAAUCGUUCAUUGUAAGCAAUGCAGCCAUACAUCAGCACAACAACAACAGCAACAACCACAUCAAUGCUCUAAAGUCCAAGCAAGCUUCUAGAAGAUUUCCUAACUGA